UUUAAAUUGCUAAAACUUUUUCAGCCACCGCAUGCUCUUCUCUUCUCUUUCUCUUUCUCUUUCUCUUUUCUUUCUCUCUCACUGCCAUUCAUUUCCCCGCACCUUUCUCUCCUCUUCUUUUUCCCACUCUUUCUUUCCAAACCUACGAACAAAACAAAUAACUCUCACAAACCACACCAAUGGGAGGAUGUGCGACCAAGCCAAAGGUUUCCUUGGAAGACAACCAUGCCAAAGCCAAACCCGAACCCGAACCUGACACCCUCCAAACCAAACCUCCAACCGAAGACAACCUUAAUAAUGUCACCGACGUCGUCGACGAUGACCAAGCAAACAAACGACGCUCUCUCAGUUUGUUGUUCAAGGAGAAUAAAGAUUCUGAGGUUUCCACAGAAAAUGAGAAAACCACAGUGGAGGAGACUGUGAAAGAAGUGUUAGACGGCGAAAAACCUGCUGAGGAAACUAAAAGCAAUCAGCCAACAAUUAAACCAGAAUCUCCAAAACCAGAGGAGAAGCUGUCCGAGGAAAGUAAAAGCAAGGAAUCGCCAAAACAAGAAUUAAAGAGUGUGAAGAUAGAAACAUCAGAAACUGAGAAGCCUUCAGAAGGAAUUCUUAUCAAUGAAGCAGCUAAGGAGACAGUGAAACUAGAGUCAGAAGCUGAGAAACCUUCAGAGGUAACUAGCGUAGUAAGUGAAGCAGCCAAGGAAACAGUGAAACAAGAACCAGAAGCUGACAAACCUUCACAGGUAACUGGUAUAAGUGAACCAGCCAAGGAAACAGUGACACCAAACUCAGAAUCUGAGAAACCUUUAGAGGUAACUAGUGUUAGUGAACCAAUCAAGGAAACAGUGACUCUAAACUCAGAAUCUGAGAAACCUUUAGAGGUAACUAGUGUUAGUGAACCAGCCAAGGAAACAGUGAGACUAAAAUCAGAAUCUGAGAAACCUCUAGAGAUAACUAGUGUUAGUGAACCAGCCAAGGAAACAGUGAAACUAGGAUCAGAAACUGAGAAACCUUCACAGAUACCUGGUAUAAGCGAACCAGCCAAGGAAACAGUGAAACUAGAAUCAGAAGCGGAGAAACCUUCAGAGGUAAUUAGUGUUAGUGAACCAGCCAAGGAAACAGUGAAACUUGGAUCAGAAACUGAGAAACCUUCACAGAUACCUGGUAUAAGCGAACCAGCCAAGGAAACAGUGAAACUAGAAUCAGAAGCGGAGAAACCUUCAGAGGUAACUAGUGUUAGUGAACCUGCCAAGGAAACAGUGAAACCUGGAUCAGAAGCUGACAAACCUUCACAUGUAACUGGUGUAAGUGAACCAGCCAAGGAAACAGUGAAACAAGAACCAGAAGCCAAGAAACCUUCAGAGGUAACCAGUGUUAGUGAACCAGCCAAGGAAACAGUGAAACUAGAACCAGAAGCCAAGAAACCUUCAGAGUUAACUAGUUUUAGUGAACCAGCCAAGGAAACAGUGAAACUAGAAUCAGAAGCUGAGAAACCUUCAAAGGUAACUAGUGUAAGUGAACCAGCCAAGGAAUCAGAAGCUGAGAAACCUUCAAAGGAAACUCAUAAAACUGAACCUGCUAAGGAAACAGUCAAACCAGACUCAGAAGUUAAGAAACCUUCAGGGGAAAUUCUUAACAAUGAAGCUGCUAAGGAAACAGAGGAACCAGAACCAAAAGCCGAGAAAGCUUCGGAGGAAAAGAAUCAAAGCAGCGAGCUAGUGAAGGAAAAACAUAUAGAGACUAAAGAGACAUCUUCAGAGGAACCACGAAGCAAUGAACCCAUCAAACACAAAGAGGAGCCACCUAUUGAACCAUCAGAAACAGAAAAGCCAAGUGGGGAAUCAAAGAAGAAUGCUUCAGAAGCUGAAAAACCCGAGACUCUGUUUAAAGAGAGCAUAAACACGGAGGUAGCUCUUCCUGAGGAGAAAGUAAUUGAAGUUGUUCCAAACGAUGCCAAGUCUGUGGAGAAGGUAACUAAGGUUGCUGAUGCUGGCACUGAAUCGCUGAAACCUGAAAUCUGAAUGAGAAUCAUGAACUACUAGAAACAUUGCAGAGUUUCAGGUUGUUCUUUGUUUCAUCCCAAUCGAAUCAUUGUGUGAGAUUUUCCAACUACAUUUUCAUUGUGUUCUUUAUUUUUUUUUUUUCAUAUAUAGUUUGAAGAACCAAUUUUUGUUCUUGUCAAUCCAUUCUAUCAUUUCUUAUCUGUAUCGGUAGGUCAAUUUCAAGAAUGUAAAUUGUAUUUUGUUGUGUUCUGCAAGUGGGAAUCCCGUGGAACUUUGUGCAAUACUACAAGUACUGUACAAAUGUUACAUAAAGCUGAACAAACUAGUUAGUUUUGGUUUAUAAA